AUGCCACAGAAAAAUAAUUCCGCGGUUGAAGAGUUUGUGUUUUUGGCUUUUGCUGAUUUGCACCGUGUCCAGAAUUUAAUUUUUGUGUUUUUUCUUCUGACUUAUACCACUUGUAUUAUGGCAAACAUUGCUAUCAUCACUGUUGUUAAAAUAGAACAUUCACUCCAUAAACCAAUGUAUUUCUUCAUCAGUGUGCUCUCCACUUUAGAAAUCAUAUUUGUCUCGGUCACUGUCCCGAAGCUCUUGGCCAUUCUAAUUGCAGCCAACAACAAAAUAUCCUUCAGUGGAUGUAUAAUCCAGAUGUAUUUCUUAAACUCUCUUGGUGUCACCGAAUGCUAUCUACUCAUGGUGAUGGUGUUCGAUCGACAUAUGGCCAUUAAUAACCCUUUACGUUACCAUAUUAUCAUGACUCCUACAGUUUGUGUUGGACUAGCCAUAUUCCCAUGGAUCUUUGGAUUUAGCUCUUGUUUCGUACUGGCAAUCCUUACGGCACAGUUGGAAUUCUGCGGUUCUAAUGAGAUUGAUCACUUUUUUUGUGAUUUGGCUCCGUUGCAAAGUUUAGCAUGUUCAGACAUCUCCAUUAGUAGUAUGUCAACAAGCAUAGCUACGGCCAUUAAUGUUGUCCUGCCUUUUCUGAUCAUCAUGGGAUUUUAUAUCCGUAUUUUAAACACAGUUACAAAAAUCAGGAGUAAUGAUGGGAAACAGAAAGCCUUCUCCACCUGUACGUCUCAUCUCAUCGUAGCCAGUCUCUUCUAUGGUGCGGCCAUGAUCGUAUAUGCUAAACCUAAAACUAACCAUUAUGAUAAGUACCUCACCUUUAUGUAUACAGCCUUUACGCCAAUGAUUAAUCCUUUUAUUUAUACCUUUAGGAACAGGGAAGUGAAGAAGGUUUUUAUGAAUUUAAUAAACCGAGUCAUGAGACCAAUGUUAAAUGAUUCUGCUUAUGGUAUUAUGUGUCAUUCAACUUAA